UUACUGUUUCUUGAAGCAUAGAUGUUCGAGGAAAAGUUUUGCAAUGCAGUUUCAUCGCCUACAUUCAUGACUGAACUGGACAAAAAUCUCAUCGACUUUAGUCUAGAGGGGGUGUGGACUACAAUUUUCGAGUGGAUCGUGCAUAGUCUAUGCACGAUGACACCUGGCAAAAUACCUGGAAUGGAAGGUCAUUUCCGAGUGUUUCCCCGCACGCAGUUUGGUUUUACUAGCAUGAGCUUGAUACCAUAAUUGUGUUAAAUUGCGCGUGCCAACCAUUUGCUAAUGUAGCGCUCGCACGCUGUUGAAACUUCAGGGAUCUCCCGUCUUCUAUAGUGCUAUGUUUCCAUCUGCAAAACGGUCACGAAUGGAUAAUACAUGUCCUUCACCACCGAAACGGCCUCGGACGCAUGAAAACCUGACAGUUCAGCUGGGAAAAAAAAACAUUUCUAUUCAGAUCCAUGGACCAUUGUCAACCGACAUAGAACAGUCAAAUUCAACCCGAGUAGAACGUAUACCUGGGGCAAAAUGUUCCUUGUCUAUGUUGCCAUAUGCAAAUAACAUGAAAUUUGUGCCAAAUAAGGAGAUGAGUCUCACUACUAAGCUUCAAAAACUUAAGCUCAAAUCUCCGGAUGGGCGGGAUCUCGGAGAAAUAGAAGUGAAGCUUUUUCCCCAAAAAUGUGAUGGGAUUAAGGGAAAAACCAUAAUGCUGAAGAAGCACAGCAUGUUUGGUAAGCUAGAAAAUAGUUCCACAGCUGUUUCCAUCCUUAAACCUAUGGACAGAAUCAAAGUUGAAAGCAAUGGACGGGUUUCACCUCAAAUGGCAUCCACGCACGGCCAUGUACAGCAACCAUCUAAGCGUUUUUCGAUAGCAAACGUCUCUUCGAUAAAAUUCAAAGAAGCAACCAGCCAAUCACAGUGUUUGGCGAAUCCAAAUCCUGAACAGAAAUCAAUGAUAUUGAGACACCCAGAUAAUCACAAGCAUCCACCUAUAGCAUCAAGUUCACAAGUUUUUUUGAUACACGUUGACAAACAAAAUGGCCUAAACAACAUCAAAAACAUGCAUAAAGAUGUUAGAAACCUGAGUCAGCCUCCUCCCAAGCAAAAAAUUGUCAUGGUACGAGCAGAAAAUUAUCCUUAUUCAAAUGACACCAAGAAAAAGACUUCAUCGAGUACUGUAAUUGAGCUACGGAAUUCUGCAUCACACAAGGAUCAAUAUGGUACCGAAUCUAUAUCCAUUAUGCCAAGUACAGAAAACUCAAACAUUUCUUUGAGCAUCUCAGGACUCGGUGAAUGUAAAACAAAAGGGUCUAAUCAAAGUAACAUGGUUAUCAAAAAGAUUGUUGAACGUGUUGACAAACCAACAGCUGCUGUAAGGUCAUUAGCUGAUUCUAAGCCUCUUACAGUAACUCGGAAGAGUAGUAAUCCACCAUCAAACCUAUUACAGAUAAAUUUCCAAACUAAAUUAAAACCUUUGAUCCCUGUUAAAACAUAUAGUAGAACAUUGGAAAGUAGUAAAAAAAACAGCAAUAAGGUCAAUGAAAGAGAAUCUGUGACAAACAGCAUAGAAGCAACGAAAACCUCUGUGGAAAGUAAUACUCUUGCUAAUACACCGAAUCUUGAGAAUACUCAAUAUGUCACAAGUCCAACAAAUAACGUAACGCUUACAGAUGGUAGCAAAGAGGGUAUUGAGAAUUCAGUAGUUAUCACACAGCAUACGGACUUUCUUCAAGUAAAAGCUAGACCCUCAUGUACAGAUAAAGUUAAUACAGGGUUUGUUGAUAAAGAUAAGGGAAAUAAUGGUAAAAACUUAGGUAAAAAUAUGAUGGUUAUUUUACCUAAAGACGUAGAUAUGUCAUCUAUAAAUGAAAGGAAUGACGCAGAAACAAGCAGAACCAGUAUCGAGACAAGCAGUAUGGAAAUUGAUAGGAACACAAAUGCUACUAGGAAUGCAGUAACGAUCGAGGAAACUGCUUUGAAUCAAAGUUUCGAUGUUGAAUCCCCCAAUCAGAGCGUAGUACUAAAUGGUAUCAGUUCAAUGUCUGCUACUACAUCACCUAAGCGACAAGAUUUAGAUAUUAUUGAGAAAGCACUCAGUACAUUGCCUGAUCAAGUUUUACGUGAGAAAGCUCUCAAAGCUCUUGCAGAUUGUGGAAUUGGUUUAAAGCGAGAUGUACCUGUUCCACCUACAGUCUCUGUUAGCGAUUCAGAAACCCAAACAACAGUUUUUAGUCUUUUGGAGCCAAAAACGUUCUUAGAGUAUAAUGAAAACCUCCCUACCUUAAAAAGGCUGGAGGUAAAUCAAAUCAGUGACACAAUUUUGCAACUACAACAUGAAAACAGAUUGCUUCCCGGUUGUACACAGCAAUGGACGAACAAUGCAUGUGUCAAUACACAAACAAACGUUCUACCAGAAGAUUUCCUUGAUUUCUGUAAUGAUUUUCUGGACGAACCAACAUCAAGUGUGCACCAAAUUCAGAAAGUACUUUCAAAGCCUGAUAUAAAAAUUUCAAAAAUUGUUGAACAGUUGCAAAAAGAUUUUCAAGCGGCGACAUCAUUUGACAACCAGGGAAUGAUGGGGAUUCAUCGAGCAGUUCUGAGUGAAAAUAUCACGGAAGUACGAAGACAGCUGAUUGUUCUUAAAGCUGUAAAACAAAGCGUUGAUGUGCUUACUGAGUGCGGAAAGACGAGUUUGGAACUCGCAGUUGAACAUGACAUAGAACCAGUCAUAGUCGAGAUCCUCCUGAAAGCUGGAGCAAAGCCUGCAUUUUCUAUGAAACUUCACGAAUCAGCACUUAUUAUGGCAUGCAAAAUGUCCUCGACAGUUCUACCUCAGCUGAUUAGUCAUGUGGAUUCUCCAAGCUUACUCGAUAAUAUGGACUCUGAAGGUUUUGCGCCUUUGCACUACUGUGCUCAGUUGGGGAAUGUAAAUGCAGUCAAACAACUAAUUUCCGCUGGAGCGAAUAUCAACUUACGAGAUGCUAAAUCUGGUCGUACAGCAAUAUUUCAUGCUCUUGACCACCAAUAUAUUCCACUAGCAUGGUAUUUGAUAGAGAACAGAGCUUCAACGACUAUCACAAAUUUUGCUGGGCAAUCACCAGCAGGUUUGGUAGAUGAACACAAGCAUAAUACUUUGGCAGAAAAGCUUAAUCAAGAAAUCAGCUAGAAGUGCUCAAUCUUUCAAAGCGACAAAUCAUCACUCUCAAAAGACUGUAUCAUUGUACCGAUAGAUCUCAAAUUGUUAUUAGAAACAUCUUAUUGCUUGCAGAGUGAUUGCCACGAUUAAAGAUCGUGUAAUACGUAAUUACGAUUAGAUUAGUAAUCUGCUUGUAGACUACGACAUAAUUACGCCCUAAAUUAUUGAAUAACACUAGAUAAACGCUGUACAUAUAAAUUUUUUUUUUUUAUUUAAUGUAUUUUGGUCAUCUCGUUACCUCAGAGUAACGGGAUCUAAUUGUAGAGAAUAUCCUAUGGUUGGGAACCAUAUCAUUUUGAGGUUACAAUUUUUUUGAUUAUUUGGUAGCU